AUACAUUCCGCCAUUUCCUAACCGAAAAUCGAACCUGAAAGUCGCAUUCGGGUGAUUAUUUUGUAUGCGGAAAACUAAAUACGAUUGGAACUAGAUUUGAAAUUCGGAAAAUUCAGUGUGAAAAUACGAGAAACGUUUGCUGUGUAUGGUGUAAUUUGCAGUGGCCUCGGAUGAGUCGUAUCGCGAAUUUUUCUGUUUUGCGUUUUAUGUGGGGGUGAGUGUGGGCACAAUGGGGCGGGGGCAGAGCUCGCCCAUGGAGCUAGGCUAGAGGCUUCCUGCCGGCUGCCCGCCGGCUAACCGGCUGCCUAAAUACCGAAGCAGCGGCCGCUUAAGCCGGCCGGUCCCCUCUGCCGCCCCCACACCCCGGAGCAGCCCUAGGCGUCGUACGCCCAUGGAGCCGCCAGCGGCUGAUCACCGGGACCAUAGAUGCCAUAGGCCCAGUGCCUUUUCCAAAAUGGAGGGGCUGGUGAGAGAAAUGCAGGAUACGGAACAUGGAGGUGUCCCUGUUAGGAGUCAGAAACUCUUUCUUACAUCUAUCCCUGCAGCUUUCAUGGGGUAUGACCUAAUUGAAUGGCUAAUGGAACGACUCGGAAUCGAAGAAUCCGAAGCACUUAACAUCGCCAAUCAACUAUGUCAGUACGGAUACUUUUUUCCCAUAAGCGACUCUAAGAACCUCGUAGUUAAAGAUGAUAGCUCCUUAUACCGAUUUCAGAAUCCUUAUUAUUGGCCUUGGCAGAAUAGACCGCCCGACAAUGUUGAGUACGCCAUAUACUUAACAAAAAGAACUCUAAGAAAUAAGCAGAGACAUGGGUUAGAGGAUUAUGAGAUCGAGGCGAUGAGUAAUCUGAAGAAAAAUUUAGCCAACAAAUGGGAUUUCAUAAUGAGUCAAGCGGAAGAGCAGGUGAAAUUAUCAAAAGGUUUAAAAAAAGCUGAUAAGUUGGUAAGUGAUUCUCAAGAAAGGGCGUAUUGGAGAGUACAUCGCCCGCCACCAGGUAUGGUAAGUUCGUUAGAACCUUGCCCUGUACCUACUAGGAGCUGGAAUGGAAGCACUAGAACUAGAAAAAAGACUAUAGAAGACUGUAAACGAGAGGUAGAGCUACUAAAAAAUAGUUUAUCAAAAACAAGAAUGAAGGUGUCUCAAGCUUUAGAAAGUAUGGUACAACACGUCGAGAUUUAUACAGAAUACGAUCCUCUUAUAACCCCCACUCAACCAUCUAAUCCAUGGGUUAGCGAAGAUUUGACGUAUUGGCAGCUCAACAGUCCCCUGGUGGAUGUUCCUACGGAAAAAAGGGUAAGAAGAUGGGCUUUGUCUAUGGAGGAGUUGGUAUCCGACCCAACAGGACUGCAGGAGUUUACGAAUUAUCUGAGAAAAGAAUACAGUCACGAAAACAUUCGAUUUUGGAUGGCUGUUCAAGAUUUGAGGAGGUCAGCGCAAUCACAGAUAUCUUGGAAGGUUCAAGAGAUUUUCGAGGAAUUUUUAGCACCCGGGGCACCAUGCGAAAUCAACAUAGAUGGAAAAACAAUGGAAAAAAUAAAUCAAGAAAUGAAAUCACCGAGUAGAUUCACUUUCGACGCCGCACAAGAACAUGUGUAUACAUUACUUCUGAAGAAAGAUUGUUAUCCUAGGUUCAUUAGGUCGGAUUAUUACAAAAAUUUAUUAGCUACGGGUAUCCAACCAUCACAAAAGAAACGUUUUUUUGGGUUUGGCCAAACAAAGAAAAAAGCUUCGACCAGUACAGCUCCCAAUCAGCAACUAAUUCAACAGCAACCUUCUCAAGGAACUGUCGUUAUGUGCGGAGCUCUUUCGAAACGUCGGGGCAGUGAUAGAAGCCUAUCUGGCUCUGCUCAUGAGCUUGCCAUAUCUGGAGUAAAGGAUACCAAAGUGCCCCAUUCUCAUUCUCAGAGUAAUCUCAGUGAUAUACCUUACAGGGGUGAUCUGGCGUGUAUUGCGAAGCUUCCCGUAGUUGCAGCCAAUCAGAUCAAUACUAACGUCAGUUUGGUAAAGAAGCCCAACAUAGCUAUUGUAGCUGGAGCAUCAACAUCUGAAGAUGUUUGUCCGUGGGAGACAGGUACGACCGAAUCUAGAAGUCGAAAAAAUUCAAUUCAGCUCGACUCUGGAAGUUCAUCUUCAGAUAUUAGUGUCGCAGUUGCUGACGUUACUGGAAAGGUACAGAGAUCGUGUAUGUUAACGCAACAACACACGUUAGACAGUUGUCGUAACCUAAUCGCCCAGCCGACAGAACCCCAAAGAAGAGCCUCCGUUUCCGUUCCCAUUCAACAUUCUACGGCGUCAACUACAGCGGACUCUUCUUCCUCAGUUGGUAGACGGAAAGUUUCUUCGUUCGAAGACAGCACCGCAAUUAUUAGUUCCUCAACGGCACUUAAUAAAGUAUCGGCGCUGAGUUCCGUCGAAACUGUAGGUACUAGUGGAAGCGUUAUUGCUUCCAAUUCCGCUGCUACUACGCAUAUGACAUCGUCUUUCGCGUUCGGUAAUAUUAGUGACGUAGACAAUAAAUCCUCGGAGCCGGAGGAAAAAGUUAUUAAAACUUUUAAAAAAAGUCAUAGUCUUGUAAAAACUUUUACUUCUAGCGGAUCAGGGUCUGUAGCACCUACUAUAAGUGUUAGUUCGGCUGUGGAUGAAACCAUUUAUCCAGAAGUUAGUGAGUUGGAAGAAAAAGAAGAGAAUGUUAGCGAAAUCACGAUAUGUAUGAUUCAGGAACCUCUAGCACCUCUAGCGGAACCUGAUAGUGAGUCCCCAGGUAGUGAAUUACCCCCUUCGGAAAUAGGAGAAACUUUAGAAAUAGAAGCAGGGGAUAUUGAAACGGAAAAUAUUGAAGAGCAGGAUCAAGAACAAGCCGAAGCUAAAUCGAAUGAUGUUUGUCCUUGGGAAGAUGAGGAGACCUGCAAAGUUGAUACUCCAUUUGUGAAGACCUACGCAACAUUAGGAUAUCUUUAAUAACACUAUGUAUCUAUUAGUUCAUCCGCCAAAUCAAAAACAAUAUUUUAGAAUAAUACUUGAAGUGUUCAAAGUAUGGUAAGAAGCAUAAAAUAGAAAAAGUGAUAAGUAGUGAUUCAAAUUUCCAAUUUACUGAAACAGUUUCUCAUUUUUCUUUUGUUGCUGACAAAAUUGAAAUGAUUAUCAACACUUAUCACUAUUAUCUCAUGAACUGACUGAUGGAAUCAUCGGCAUAUAUUGUCAUAGUAUAGUUUUACAAAUCUACAAUGAUUGUUUCAUCCACUUAGAAGUAUUUGCUCACAAAUAUUCGUUUAUUACACAAAAA